UCCGUUAUUGAGCCUACGGCGGCUGCGAAGAGACAAUCCAGUAACGGGUCCCGCGGCGAGUGAAGGUGGCCGUCGCGGAGAAGUUUUUUUGAGCCGGGCAGGAGUGGGCCGGAGCUGCCGUCGCCAUGGAGACGCUGUACCGGCUGCCGUUCGCGGUGCUGGAGUGCCCGAACAUCAAGCUGAAGCGGCCCAGCUGGGUGCACAUGCCUUCGGCCAUGACUGUCUAUGCCCUGGUGGUGGUCUCUUACUUCCUCAUUACGGGAGGAAUCAUUUAUGAUGUAAUCGUGGAACCUCCCAGUGUUGGGUCAAUGACUGAUGAACAUGGACACCAGAGACCUGUGGCCUUCUUGGCAUACAGAGUAAAUGGGCAGUAUAUUAUGGAAGGGCUCGCCUCCAGCUUUCUCUUCACAAUGGGAGGUCUCGGUUUCAUCAUACUGGACCGUUCCAAUGCGCCAAAUAUCCCAAAACUGAAUAGAUUUCUGCUGCUUUUUAUUGGAUUUGUCAGCGUCCUGUUGAGUUUCUUCAUGGCCAGAGUGUUCAUGCGGAUGAAAUUACCGGGCUAUUUGAUGGGUUAGUGACUGAUGUGAGCACAACUUGGAUUCUCUUGUUCAACAUGAAGAGGAACAUACAGCAAAAAAAUUCCACAGCCCUGUCCCUCCUGUCUGAAGAUAUAAGACAAAGAGAGCUAAGGAAAGGACUGCUUUCUCAUUUUCUCCUUGUAGAAAAAAGAAGCGUUUGUUGCAAGUGGUUAGUUUUAUUAACAGACAUGUGACUAUUUUCCCCCCACUUCAAAGAGAACAAAACAUUUGGAAGUAUUAUCAAGGCCAUAAUCAUAUUGAGUAGAAAAUGUACAGUUGCUGCCGUCACAUCUCCCACCCGCUCUAAAAAGCUGGUUAGAGGAAAGUCAUACUACUUUGCUUCCUUAUACCUGCAAUAGUAUUCUCUCUACCUGUAAGAGGGGUUUUAAUCACAGGGUAAAGAAAAUAUAAACUGAUCUUUCUGUGUCUGUAAAUGGAAAUGAUGGUUGGUGAUUAAUUGCCAUUGUGCACCAUAGCAGAUGGCUCUACAUCCACUGCUGUGCUCCUAGACAAAGCAGCCCAAACUGAUGGCCCUGAUUACUUGUUGAGUAGACUAGAGUUUGGGGGUGGAGUAGAGAGGAUGUCUGGAACUUGGCUCCUGAUUCUCCAUCCAAUCCAGUCUCCUGCUUGCCAGCCUUGUGCUGGGUGAUGUCUUCAUGUAUACAUGUGGCAGGAGCACUGUUUGUGUAAGCCUUGUACGCUAGAUCAAGGCCUUUCGUUUUCCUCACCAGCAAUUUGCAGCAUCAGAGGAGCUGAUUCACAUGUUUCUGAACUGGGGCGCGUGCUUGCUCUCAAAGUAUUGACCUUGGAUACCAUUAAUGUUGAUCUUCAUGCUGUUACUGUAACAGAAACGGACACAUGCAAAGGAACACCCUUUUUGUGCGAAAGUAGUUCUUCCUUUUGGAAAAUGCAUUUUAAAAAGGACAAAUUAAACACCUUUUCUACUAAA